GCUUGCCAACCUCGAUUUUCCCAACUCGAAACUCAAUUUCAAGUUCAAAACUUUCAAAUCCAAAAACCUUCUCCUCUUCUUCUUCUCCCCACACUUAACCACUAUUUCUCUUCAGCAACUCCUCGUUGCAAAAUAUCCUCUCCGAUCUCUCACUCUCCUAAAUGGUUAAAACUCAGAGCUAAAACAGCAAAAAAUGAAAAUGUCACUAAUCCCUUUCAAAGUCACAGCCUUUCUCGUUACAAUCACCUUCACCAACCUUCGAUUUCUCUCCUUGUCUCUUAACACUGAUGGUCUAGCUCUCCUAGCCCUCAAAGCCGCAAUCACAACUGAUCCAACCGACACUCUAGCUUCCUGGACCGAAACUGACCCAACCCCGUGUCACUGGCAUGGUAUCACUUGCAUUAACCACAGAGUCACCUCUCUUUCGCUCCCUAACAAAAACCUCAUUGGCUACAUUCCUUCUGAACUUGGCCUUCUCGACUCACUAACUCGACUCACUCUCUCUCGCAACAACUUCUCUAAACUCAUACCUUUACACCUCUUCAAUGCAUCAACUCUCCGCUUUCUUGAUUUGUCUCACAAUUCUCUGUCAGGUCCAAUUCCUGCCAAGAUUGAAUCUUUGCAAGCCUUAACCCACUUGGAUUUAUCUUCUAAUUGUCUUAACGGGUCUCUCCCUGCAUCUUUGAUUAAGCUAAAAAGCUUAACUGGGACUUUAAAUUUGUCUUACAAUUCGUUUUCUGGGGAGAUUCCAGGGUCUUAUGGGUUUUUUCCUGUAAUGUUGGGUUUAGAUUUAAGACACAAUAAUCUUAGUGGCAAAGUGCCUUUAGUUGGGUCAUUAGUGAACCAGGGGCCAACUGCAUUUGCUGGAAACCCAAGUCUUUGUGGUUUUCCUUUACAAACUCCAUGUCCUGAAGCUGUUAAUAUCACGAUUAGUGAUAAUCCUGAGAACCCAAAAGGCCCAAAUCCUGUUUUUAUCCCUGGGAGUGUUGAGAACGUGAAAAUCAAAACAGAGUCGAUAGCAGUUCCCUUAAUUUCGGGCGUUUCGGUGGUGAUCGGUGUUGUUUCGGUAUCAGCGUGGCUGUAUCGAAAGAAAUGGUGGGCUAAUGAGGGUAAAGUGGGAAAAGAAAAGAUAGACAAGAGUGACAAUAAUGAGGUUACUUUUAAAGAGGAGGGGCAGGAUGGUAAAUUUCUGGUGAUCGAUGAAGGGUUUAAUUUGGAAUUAGAGGAUUUGUUGAGGGCAUCUGCUUCUGUGGUGGGGAAAAGUAGGACUGGGAUAGUGUACAAGGUGGUCGUGGGUGGUCGUGGGUCUGGUACGGUGGUGCCUAUGGUUGUUGCUGUGAGGAGGCUGAGUGAAGAUGAUGCCACGUGGAAGCUGAAGGAAUUUGAGUCCGAGGUUGAAGCAAUUGGGAGGGUCCAUCAUCCUAAUAUUGCAAGGCUGAGAGCUUAUUACUAUGCGCAUGAUGAGAAGUUGUUGGUCUCUGAUUUUAUCCGCAAUGGAAGUUUAUACUCUGCCCUGCAUGGAGGACCUUCUAAUACUUUGCCUGUGCUAUCAUGGGCGGCUAGGUUGAAAAUUGCUCAAGGAACGGCUAGGGGUUUAAUGUACAUACAUGAGCACAGUCCUCGGAAGCAUGUCCAUGGCAACUUAAAAUCCACAAAAAUUCUGCUGGACGAUGAACUCCAGCCUUACAUCUCCAGUUUUGGGCUUGCUCGUCUUGUAUCGAGUGGCUCAAAAUUCACUACUUCAGCAUCAAAAAAGCUGUAUUUGAACCAAACCAUUUCCUCUGCAACGGGCUUGAAAAUUUCAGCUCCCUAUAACGUUUACUUGGCACCAGAAGCUCGAGUCUCUGGCCGCAAGUUCACUCAGAAAUGUGAUGUGUACUCUUUUGGAAUUGUACUGAUGGAGCUUUUAACUGGUCGGUUACCAGAUGCAAGACCAGAAAAUGAUGGUAAGGGACUAGAUAGCCUUGUGAGGAACAUGUUUCGAGAGGAGCGCCCCUUGUCUGAGAUUAUAGACCCUGCACUAUUAAGUGAGGUUCACGCAGAGAGACAUGUUGUUGCAGUGUUUCAUAUCGCACUCAAUUGCACUGAACUGGAUCCUGAAUUGCGUCCUAGGAUGAGAACUGUGUCUGAGAAUCUUGACUGCAUCAAAUUGCAUUGAAGAGAGGAAGACCCCUGAUAAAGUUCUUGUUUCCAGUUGCGACUGAUGCUGAAGCUUGCUUUGCUUCUGAAAUCUGUGUACUGUUCUUUGGAUGUAUUCUGUAUGUCUAAUGUAAUAUUCCAAUUGUAUUUGAUGUCCCCUCCAAGCUCUGGAGAGGACUGGAUGUCUUGUUAGACAGAUUAUUCCAGGCAACCUUCUCUUUGAAUGUGAUGAUUGCUGUCCAUCGUGA